AUGAUGCGGGGUAUAAGUCCCGUUAUUAUUGACAAUACUAACAUUGAAGUGUGGGAAAUGGAGCCGUAUGUAAGAAAUGCAGUUAGAAAUGGAUAUUUGAUAGAAGUUGUAGAACCAAACACUCCAUGGGCAAAGAAAGCAAAUCAAUUGUCACGGAAGAAUAUUCAUGCAGUUCCUUUCCACUCAAUUAAAAGAAUGCUUGAUAAUUUUCAAAAUGGUGUUACAGGUGAAUAUUUGAGAAAUUAUUAUAGAUUGUCUUAUCCCGAAAAUAUGGUUCCUCCCGUUUUAAGAAAUUUUCCUCCAAUGCCAGUAGAAAUACCUGUUGAAACAACUGUUGGUAACAGUAAUCACAAUCCAGUAACAGAAUGCAGUAAUGAGUUAAUAACACUAGAAAGCUUACCUGUUCAAACUCAAGAUGUAAAAAGUAAUGUGUCUUCACGUAUAGAAUCUGAGGAAUUAAGUCAAGACAAUACAAAUCAAUCAAUUAACUCACAAAUUGUACAAAAUGAAAAUGAGGACAAUGGAAACUCAUUGCCGAUUCAUUAUGCAUAG